UUUUACUCUCACUUUGUCUCAGUCUGGUUCCACUCCAAAACAAAUCAGUAGCCCGAUCAUCAGUGAUCCGACAUGUGGUUAAAUAAAUAGUGUAUAGAUUAACAAAUUUCGUACUAAAAAAAUUAAUUUUUUAAGUAAUCAAAAAAGUGUGUGGAUGUUGUUAACUAUAAAAGACCCAACAUUUUUUGUUCAAAAGCGUGAAACAGUGAAACUGCCUGUUCCACUCUGAUUCUUUCUUCUUUCCUGAAAAUGGUCAAUUAUUCUCUUUCGACUAUUUUACUUUGGUUUUGGAUGAUAACUAUUAUUUCAUGCUUAGAAAAUGAUAUUGAAGAUGUUAAACCAAAAAAAGAAAAAUCUACAAAGCUUCGUUUUUUCGAUGACAUGGAAUUGAUUCCACAAUCAUGUAGAUACAAGGGAGUAAAAUAUGAGUGUGGAUUAAGUAUAAGCUGUGUGAUAAGCGGAGGAAGACCGAUGGAUCUAUGUUCCGGAGGAAUGAUUUGGUCUUGUUGUGUUGAUCGGGAUACCCCAUCCCCUACAAGAAACCCACCACAAGUUUUACAUAACGCAAACACUUAUCAUCUAGUGAGUCAUUAUCCACCCUCAGACGCCGAUUAUCCAGACACGAACAGCGUCGAUAGACCUUCAUACCAUCCCGUUUACUACGAUGAUGAACCCCUUUAUGAACAAGAUCAACCAUCUAAACACGAUUUAAGUCAUAAGGCAUGUGGAGAACUUUAUACAAGAAGUAAUAGAAUUGUAGGUGGUCAUUCCACUGGAUUUGGUUCUCAUCCUUGGCAAGUGGCCCUUAUCAAAACUGGGUUUCUUUCUAAGAAAUUAGCUUGCGGAGGAGCUUUAUUGAACGAACGGUGGAUUGUUACUGCUGCUCAUUGUGUAGCUUCAACUUCAAAUGGGAAUAUACGGAUACGCUUGGGGGAGUGGGAUGUUCGAGGACAAGAAGAAAACCUUCCUUACGAAGAUUAUUCCGUAGAACGUAAAGAGGUCCAUCCUUCGUAUUCGCCAUCCGAUUUUAAAAACGAUUUAGCUUUGGUGAAACUGGAUAGAAAUGUUAAAUUCAGACAACACAUUGUUCCCGUUUGUUUACCGUCGCCGACAUUAAAAUUGCCUGGAAAAAAAGCAACUGUGGCAGGAUGGGGUAGAACGAGACAUGGGCAAGCAACUGUACCUUCUGUUCUACAGGAAGUGGACGUCGAGGUCAUCCCAAACGAACGAUGCCAACGCUGGUUCCGGUCCGCGGGCCGGAGAGAAACUAUUCAUGACGUUUUCCUUUGUGCAGGCUACAAAGAGGGUGGAAGAGAUUCAUGUCAAGGUGAUUCAGGCGGACCAUUAACAACAACAGUAGAAGGAAGAAAAACUUUAAUAGGUUUAGUUUCUUGGGGAAUAGGUUGCGGAAGAGAACAACUACCAGGUGUCUACACAAACAUCCAAAAAUUUUUACCUUGGAUUGACGCGGUUAUGAAUUGAAUUACAUCAAAACAUUUUGUGCCAGAGUGCUUCCAGAAGUGAAUUUAAUAAUUUAUUUUAUACUUAAUUGUUUAAUUUUUCAUCAGACACAAACUCUGUGAUAAAAAUAAACUUUCAUCUUUAUAUUUAUUCAAAGUUACCAAGCGGUAGCUAAAAUUAAAUAGACAUCGAAACAUUUAUAAUUAAACAGCCUUAUUAAUAAAUUCACUAACACAACUAGCAGUUAAUUAGUAAAUACAUUUAUUAAUAAGGUUGUAAAUAUUUAAAUAAGAAUAGGUUUUGAACCCAGUUUAUUUUAACAUCUGUACUUUAGUUUUCACUGUGUAGAAAGCUCGUAUUUAAAAUAGUCUCAGGUGAUUUGGAAGUGAAAUGACGAGCUUUUACUCGCGACACAACUCGGAUUUCUUUCCUGGGAACGUAAAAUGCGGGCGUGUAUCAUAUUAUUAUUUUGUAAUUAGCGUGAAAAUAAUACAAGAAAAAUAAAACCUAGGAUUGCGUGAUUCAGUCAAGGAAAACCAUGUAUAUCUGUAUCAGAUACACUGAUGUUAGAUUAGAGAAAAUGUAUAUUGCAAUAAACAGUUUUUUUUAAUAAUAAAUGAUUUUUGAAUUA